CACCUCAUGGCAAAGAACUCUGAGGAUAUGAAAAAAAGAAUUGUUGCUCUACAUAAAGAUGGCCUAGACUACUGUAUAAGAAGAUUGCCAAGACCCUGAAACUGAGCUGCAGCAUGGUGGCCAAGAACAUACAGUGGUUUAACAGGACACGUUCCACUCAGAACAGGCCUCGCCAAGGUCGACCAAAGAAGUUGAGGGUACGUGCUCAGCGUCAUAUCCAGAGGUCGUCUUUGGGAAAUAGACAUAUGAGUGAUGCCAGCAUUGCUGCAGAGGUUGAAGGGGUGGGGGGUCAGCCUGUUAGAGCUCAGACCAUAUGCCACACACUGCAUCAAAUUGGUCUGCAUGGCUGUCAUCCCAGAAGGAAUCCUCUUCUAAAGAGGAUACAAAAGAAAGCCCACAAACAGUUUGCUAAAGACAAGCAGACUAAGGACAUGGAUUACUGCAACCAUGUCCUGUGAAGCAUGGUGGUGGGAGUGUCAUGGUCUGGGGCUGCAUGA